AUGCGGUCCCUCCUCUUGGUGCUCAUCGCUUGGGGAGCAGAGGCCCUGCCUGAGUUCCCAGAGUCCUGGGGUUCUCCACCGAUGAUUAUGACCAUGGACUACGUCCCUUUGGCUGGUGGUUACGGGCACGGCUCAAGCUCGCUGUCCAUGUGGAUUUAUGGCAAAAUCCAGGAGGACCUGGCGCAGGGUCGGCCGCAGUAUCCGCCCGCGUUCGGCCCGCCUCCUAAGAUGCAGACGAGAGAUUUGAGGGUGUUGCCAUUCGGCUAUGGCCACGGCUCAGGCACAAUGGUGACCUGGCUUGAGAAGAGGGCCAAGGAAGUGUUCCAGGAAAGCGCCCGCGAGUUUGAGCCCAUGGAGCAAGUGCUGCAAAAACGUGCAAAGAAGUCCCUGCGAUCAUCGGAGUUCGUGCAAUGA